UUUGUUGUCAUACGGUAACAUUGAUGGGGUGAUGAGUCAACAGUACUUACGGUAUUGCGGUAACUCAGCAGAAGCGAGGCGCAUACAGGCAAUGAUGUCUACGAACAGUUUUGUGUGGGGGCAUUUUACAAAAAUAGAUAAUGACAGCGCCAAAUGUAUGUUGUGUGACCGAGUCGUCAAAUGUUCUGGUGGAUCAACAAGCGGACUACGCAGACAUUUAGAGUCCAAACAUGACAAACACGAAGAAAGGCCAUCAUGUUCAAAACGUGCUAAAAUGCUGGAUGGCUACUUUAGCCGAGUUAGCAGCAAGUCUCUUGAAGAAAUACUAGCGGAGAUGGCAGCUUUUGAUGGAUUCUCCUUUAAUAGUAUGGCGAAAUGUGAGUAUCUGAGAUCAGCACUCAAGAGGGAUGGCUACACUCUCCCAAAGAAUCCCACAGAAAUCUCCAAGCAGGUUAGAGUGUUUGCGAACGAGGAGAAAAUUAAACUGGCCGAAAUGUUCCAAGACAUGGUGAAGAAAGGGUUGCGUUUUUCGUUGACCAUUGACGAAUACACUUCUUCCCAACAUAAGCGGUACAUGAGCAUAAAUGUGCACGGUGCGCAAACUUACUGGAAUUUAGGUGUCAUACAUGUCCGUGGAACAAUGCCAGCAGAAAAAGUGAAAGCAUUGGUUGACGAUCAGCUUCAAUGUUUCAAGCUUGACAUGAACCAACACAUUGUGUGCUGCACUACGGAUGGAGCAUCAGUGAUGGUGAAGUUUGGGAGACUGGUGCUGCCGGAAUUACAGCUGUGCUAUGCCCACGCAGUUCACCUGGCUGUCACAGAUGUGCUCUACCACCGUGCCACCUCUGAUGGAGAGAGCAAAGCAAGUGAAGAAGAGGAGGAGAGCAGUGAAGACUCUGAUGACGAGUUAGCUGUGUGCGAGGAUGGGUAUCGGUCAGUGAGAGAGGACAUGUACAGGAGCGUGGAGUGAGUGCGUAAAAUUGCGAGGCACUUCCACAAAUCCCCAGUCAGCAACGACAAGCUGAGGGAAUGUGUCAAACAAGACCAGGGGAAAGAGUUGGCACUCAUCUUGGAUUGUCGCACCAGAUGGAACAGUUUGGCUGACAUGCUGGACCGCUACAUUGCACUACACAGACCAGUGACGAAGACCCUCGUUGAUAUCAACAAUGCACUAAUCAUCACCAACGAAGAGCUUGCACUCAUUCAGCAACUCAGCUCCUGCUUAAAGCCGGUGAAGAUGGGAGUCGAAUCGCUUUGUAACCGUGACACCACCCUCGUUAAAGCUGAUGGGAUUUUCAUCUUCAUGAUUGACCAGUUGACAAAGCAGGACACCCCCCUGAGCCUUGAAAUGAGGGAUGCGAUUGAGAGGAGAUUCAUGGAACGGAGACAGAAGAACUUGGUAUCUUUGUAUAGGUACCUUCUGGAUCCCGGUGUUCUAGUCGCACCAGCACCAAGGCCCACUGAGAUUUUCACCAUGCCAUCAAGACAGAUGCUGAUACGGACGGCUAAGGGACUUGUGGAGCG